AUGUUAAGAUCAAUACGUUAUAUUCCUGUAUUAUUCACUCCAUUGCUUCUUACAAAUGGAGAUAUGAUCUCAAACGAAUCAAAAAGAAAGUUUUAUGAAGAUGAUAACCAAAUAACUCCAAUUCCAGGUACAAUUACCUCGGCACCAGCUUCUGAAAUUGAAUCAUUAGGAACUAAUAAAAUUAUUGAUGGUAUAUCUAUUAGAUCUACAAAAGAAACAGAAUCAUUAUUUAGAAGUCUUAGAGAAACUACACAAAAUAUUAAAUCAAGAAUAAUUGAUUUUAUAAACUCAUCAUAUGCUGGUUUCAAUAAUCAAGAAAGAAAAAUAACUGACACAUUGUCAAGCUUACAUUAUAGACAAGAAGACCUUUUACCUAAUUCAUUAUAUGUUCUUAUUGGUGUUUUAACAGGUUCAAUAAUUGCAAGAACAAGAGGAACCAUUUUGUCAAGAUUGAUUCUUCCUCCAUUGGGUGGUUUAGUUACUUUUAAAUACUUUUUACCACAUACUUUUGAUAAUACUAUGAGUUUCUUGUAUAAAUUAGAAAAUGAGAAUUUACCAGAAUUUACUAAAACUCAAAAUCUUGCAAUCGAAAAAGGUUUAGGAUUUGUUAAUUCUAUUGAAAAGAAUGUUGAAGAAGGUGGAAAAUCAUUGGAAAUACAAGGUGAAUAUUUGAAGACUAAAAUUGGGGAAAUUACUGGUUUAAAUCUCGAUGAAGAAGUAUCAAAGAAAUGA